CCUGCAGAGCGGGAUCAGUCUCAUUGCGCGGUCACUCUUGCCUGGGACGUCUGUGCGGUAUUGGCUUCUGCAAUGAACGGGAUCGACAGGGCCAAACGAGUGCGCCGCGACGCUUCCCCCAAUGCCCAGGAUGGCUACCUGACCCCGGAAAAGCGAGUGAAACGUUGGAGCGGCGGCCAAAGCGCUGCCAAUUACCGGGAGUGGGAUGUGGAGGAGGUGUGCUUGUUUCUGGGCAGCCAGGGACUCGGGGAGCUGGAGGGGGUCUUCAGAGAAAACAAGAUAAAGGGACGAAUACUGGAAUAUCUUACAGAGUCCCAUUUAAUAGAUCUCCAGAUAAGUUCUGUUGCUUUAAGGUUGGACCUUCUACACUGUCUGCGAAUGCUGUGCCAAAACUCCUCCAGAAUCAUGAAGGUGUUCAAUGACCCAAUCCAUGGCCACAUUGAGUUGCACCCACUGCUAGUCCGUAUCAUUGACACCCCUGAGUUCCAGCGCCUGAGAUACAUCAAACAGCUCGGUGGAUCCUAUUAUGUCUUCCCUGGGGCUUCUCACAACAGAUUCGAGCACUCCAUUGGAGUGGGAUACCUGGCUGGAUGUCUUGUUCAGGCAUUGCACGAGAGACAACCAGAGCUUCAGAUUAACCACAGGGACAUGCUUUGUGUUCAGAUAGCCGGACUUUGUCACGACCUGGGACAUGGACCCUUCUCCCAUAUGUUCGACGGGAGGUUUAUGCCCCUUGCCUGCCCAAAAAGAAAGUUUAAGCAUGAAUCUGCCUCGGUAGCAAUGUUUGACCACCUUAUAAAAUCCAAUGGUUUAGAGGAGGUGAUGAAAGAGUACGGACUCUGCUUACCUGAUGACUUAACCUUUAUCAAAGAGCAAAUAGCAGGGCCCCUGUCAUCAGAAGAUGAGCAGCAGUUUAACUCCAGCCAGAAUAGCUCUUCGUGGCCAUAUCGAGGUCGGACUGAAGAGAAAAGCUUCCUCUACGAGAUUGUGGCAAACAAAAGAAAUGGAAUUGAUGUGGAUAAGUGGGACUAUUUUGCCAGGGACUGUCACCAUUUGGGUAUUCAGAAUAACUUUGAUUACAAGCGGUUUUUAAAAUUUGCCCGGGUUUGUGAAGUCGGCAGCAAAAAGCACAUCUGCACCCGAGACAAGGAAGUCGGGAAUUUAUACGACAUGUUCCAUACACGCAAUUGUCUCCACCGAAGAGCAUACCAGCACAAAGUGGGAAACAUCAUUGAGACAAUGAUCACAGAUGCUUUUAUAAAGGCAGACCCACACAUCAGAAUAAAAGGGUCCGAUGGAAAUUAUUAUACAAUCUCUGGUUCUGUGGAUGAUAUGGUGGCAUAUACCAAACUCACAGAUAACAUAUACCAUCACAUCCUUUAUUCUGAUAAUCCUGAUCUAAAGGAAGCCAGAGAAAUUUUGCGCAAAGUAGAACGGCGACAGCUGUACAAAUUUGUAGGACAAACGCACCCUAGCAUCAACUCCAGAAUUGAACCGGAUGAAUAUGAUACAUUACCAGCGGAUCUGGCAAAAUCAGUUCCACAAACAUCAACAACAGAUGUAGAACUUAACACAGAGGACUUUAUAGUAGAUGUAAUUCAUAUGGAUUAUGGAAUGAAAGAACAGAAUCCAAUAAACAACGUGCGCUUCUACUGCAAGUCGGAUCCUCGCAAAGCAAUAAAGAUUAGAAGAGAUCAGGUUUCCCAGCUCCUGCCGGAGAAAUUUGCUGAGCAGAUUAUCCGUGUUUAUUGCAAGAAAACGGACGAAAGAAGCUUGGAGGCGGCAAAAAGAUAUUUUGUUCAGUGGUGCAUGAACAAGGAUUUCUCUAAACCACAGGAUGGGGAUGUUGUAGCGCCAGAUAUGACCCCAUUGAAAGCCAGUUGGGUUGAUAUGGAUGAAGAUGAGGAAAGCCCACAACAGAGCAAGCUUCUUCACAAAUCCAAAAUGAAGCUAUUUACUAACUAAUAGCCCAGCUAUGGGGAGAGCUGUUUAAAAAUGUCAGUUUCAUGCACCUAACAGCUCAUGCCUGGAUUCUGUUGUCCUGCAUAGACUGCCACUGGGUCCUGCUACUGCUGCACUUCCCCAGGGUCCCAGUGUUAGCCCCUUCCCAUUUCCAGAAACCCAAAUUUGCCCUUUUUUUACAGCCUUUGAUACGACAGAGUGAAUGUCAUGGAAUUAGUGUUUUCUAUUCCAGUAAGAAUGGGGGGAUAUCAGAAGCCCCCAGAAUCUGGUUUUACUCCACAUCUGAUUGCACUCAUUGAUUUUACUUGCUGUCCUGGAAAAGCUCAGUAUUUAUUAUGGAAACCCGAAAAAAGACAGUACUCAUAGCUCAAAAGGGAAGGCAAUAUGAGGUAUAGGAACCUGCUUCCUAUCAGGUAGUGUUGAACUCCAACCCUCCAACCCCAGGAUUACAGUUCAAGAGCAUCUGGAAAUGAAUAAGUUGCUAUCCCUGCUUUUGUUGAAAAUAAUGUUUGUUCUCUUGUCUUUAAUUUCGUAUAAGAUUUCAGGGGCACCAGGCUUGUUCCUAAACAGUGUUAUAUAAUGUGGGAAUGUCUUGUCAGCCCUGUAAUUGUUUGUUUAGUUGUUUAUUUUAAUGUUCCUCUUUGGGCUUAGUUUUCCUUUUUAUUAUUUUAAGCAAAUAUCAGUUUAUUGACCGUGGUCUUAUACACAGCGGCCGUGCAUCAUGACUCUCCUUGUCAGAAGAUCAUCAGUGACCAUAUCCAGAACUAGUUUUUUUUUUUUUUUUUUUUUCUGUUUUUAAACAAAAAUAAUUUAUAAUUUUAGAUUAUAGAUGGAAAAAGGGAAAUUUAUAUUUCAUUUGUAAUUUUUGCCCCGUGCAAAUGCCUUAGCAUAAUUUUGGUUUUGAUGAAACACUUAUUUCUAACUGCAACAGAGAAAUUCUUGCAGGGUGGAAUAUUGAGGGAGAAUUCAUCACAUUAUAAUUAUAUAAAAGGUGCUUUUUGAUGUCAUCAGUUAUAA